CUCUGCGUAAAUCGCAAGCAGAGCACGCAAGCUAGCUAAACAACUCGCGAUUGCUCUCGAUCUGCCCGCGUGCGAGACGAUGGCCGACGGCGGCGGAAAGGCGGAGACGGAGAAGAAGUCCUGGGCGGACCUCGAGGAGGAGGAGGAGGCCAAGGCCAAGGCCGCAGAGGCGGCGGCGUCAUCAUCCUCUACCACCACCGGCCCGACGGUGGAGGCGCAGGCGAAGCAGAUCGAGUCGCUCUCCCUCACCGCGCCGGAGGACGACGGCGGCGAGCAGGGCCCGCCUCUCCUCGAUGACUCCGACGAAGCGCACAUCCAUGCCGUGACGUCGGGCGGCACGGUGUACGAGUCGGCGACGAUGUUCGAGGAUCUGAAGCUGUCGCCGGAGCUGCUCAAGGGGCUGCACGAUGAGAUGGGGUUCAGCCGCCCGAGCAAGAUCCAGGCGAUCACCCUCCCCAUGAUCCUCACGCCUCCCUACAAGGACCUCGUUGCGCAGGCGCAUAACGGCUCCGGCAAGACCACCUGCUUCGUCCUUGGCAUGCUCAGCCGCGUCGACGCGCAACGCAAGACCCCCCAGGCCAUCUGUAUUUGCCCCACUAGGGAGCUCGCGCAGCAGAAUAGGGCGGUGCUCACGAGGAUGGGCAAGUUUACUUCCAUUACAUGUGCCUGUGCGAUCCCGCAAGCUCAAAAAGAUUAUGUGCCGAUUUCUAGAAUGCCUCCAAUUACUGACCAGGUGGUGAUCGGCACUUCUGGGACACUCAUCAAGUGGAUUACUAAUAAGAAGCUGGCCACAAGGGAUAUCAAGGUACUUGUGUUCGAUGAGGCGGAUCAUAUGCUUGCUGAGGACGGCUUUCGGAGUGAUUCUGAAAGGAUCAUGAGGGAUAUACAAAGAAGCGCUGGUGGUUGUCAGGUGCUUCUCUUUUCUGCGACCUUCAAUGAGAGGGUGAAGGAUUUUGUUACAAAGGUCAUUAGAGAUGGAAACCAAAUAUUUGUGAAGAAGGAAGAGCUUACUUUGGAAAAAGUAAAGCAAUAUAAAGUUCAAGUCCCUGACGAGGCGGCAAAAAUAGAGGUUAUAAGGGACAAGAUCUUUGAGUUUGGACAAAAAGUUGGCCAGGUUAUCAUAUUUGUUAGAACAAAGCAAAGUACUAAGAAUGUUCACAAUGCUUUGACAAGAGAGGACUAUGUGUGCUCCUCAAUUCAAGGAUCCCUUGACCAAUCAGAGAGGGAAAAGAUAAUACAGGAAUUCAAAGAUGGGUACACCAAGGUUCUUAUAUCAACUGAUGUUCUUGCUCGAGGUUUUGACCAAGCACAGGUUAACCUGGUCAUCAAUUAUGACAUGCCAAUCAAAUUUGGUACAAGAGAUGAACCAGAUUAUGAGGUGUACUUGCACAGAAUUGGCAGAGCUGGGCGCUUUGGCCGAAAAGGUGCUGUGUUCAACUUGCUAUGCGGUGAAACAGAUAAUGUUGUGAUGAAGAAGAUUGAGGACUACUUCCAACACAAAGUACCUGAGGUUCGUAAUUGGGAUCGUGAGGAAGAUUUUGAGUCUGCUCUCAAGGAUGCAGGUUUACUUGAGUAACCUCCCCAGGAACGUGGUAGCAGUUGCGCUCUCGACGCAGGACAACCCACCGGUGUUUAUUUGCUGAGCCAGCUGCCAUAGCGUUAUUGUGCUCUUCUGCUCAUCUUGAUAUCAGCACUGGUUGUUUUGCAGCAGAAAGUUGUGUUUGGAUUUUUGUGAUUUCUGUUUAAGACUUUCUCCAACAAUUUUGAUGCUACGAGCUUUAUACGAAGCAGAGAGGCGCUGAACGGUUUUUCUCGAGGUCGGUGGGAGUAGCGCCUGUUUGUCAGCAUUACCAUUUGAAACUGUAAAUCUAGUUGAACAGUAAACUGUCUUCGUUGUCGAGAUGCACGUCGCUUCGUCCUUUUGCAAGAACGGCAUCCCUCGCAGCAUGUUGCUGGAGAGAUGAUAGCGUUGAACACCUUAUCCAUAUGUCAAUGCCCCUGCAAUGUGUCGUCAAUGUACAUUCCGGAUCAGUGUUUAAUCAAAGUUUGCUUUUGUGUCCC